UAAAGGAGCUUUGGGCUUACGCUGUCCAAGCGAAGGACUAAAAUGUGAAGCGAAGCUGCGCCGCCGCUACUAGACUACUGUAGAUGAUACCGGAGGAAAACACCCAGAUUCAGCAGGCGAACGUUGAAGGUGUGUUAGGACAAGAUGUUCAGGAGCAACAGCCCGUAUGGCUCCGAGACCAACAGCUUCGCCUCCUUCCAGUCCAAUGGCUUCUCCACCAUGGAUGACUCCUCAUCCCAAAUAUCGAACAUCUCGAGACCCAGUGCCAAGUCGCUUUAUUUGCAGAGGCAGCAGUACGCAGCGUCAGUCAACAAGAUGAUGGAAAAGGCGGAGCACAAAGUGGAGCACUUGUUCACCUGCGACCUAAACGGGAAGGAUCUCAAGAACAUCGCAGACUGCGUGGAGCGUCUGAAGGUUCUGGAUCACACGGGCGGUAUUUGGACCUAAACGGGAAGGAUCUCAAGAACAUCGCGGACUGCGUGGAGCGCCUGAAGGUUCUGGAUCACACGGGCGGUAUUUGGGGUCAGGACAUGAUGCUGGAGGUCCGCGGCGCCGAUCUGCUGCUCAUAGACUUCGAAACCAAGGAGGAGCUGGAGUCCUUUUCUUCCAGUGAAGUGAAGGAGAUGAAGGCCUUGCUGGACUCUGAGGUGUUCAACUCUCUGCUCGUCGUGUGCGUCCAGAGCAGGAGGAAACAGGCCACCACCGUCUUCCUGUUCCAGUGUGACGACGUCAGGGCCGACUUUGUCAAAAAGGAUCUAACGCGAGCUCUGUCUCAGAAAAGUGACGGUUCGCACCUCAGGAGCAAUGGACACGUUGGGGGUGGACGUGAAAGAGCGAUGCGGCCUGAUAAUCCCGCAGAGCAGAAGCCUGUGCACGAACCGGUGCCGCCGUGGACUGCAGCUGACAACCCUGAGGAUGAUUUUCCUGAGCCGGAACUGGACCCACGUCGGUACAGAGAGGAAGAGGACGUCCCGUCACCAAUGCCCACUCUUCCUUUACCUCCCCCUCGGCCGUACACAGAGCUGGACAGGAAUGUGGACAUUUUAAAUCACAUCGUAACCGACAUUGAGAUCUUCAUGGGGAAAAUAUCAGCAGCAGAAGCCAAGCACGGAAAGAAAAAGAAGAAAAAGAAAAAGGGAAAAGGUGGGGAUGGGAUGCCGCCAGAGGAGGAGUUUACAGACUGCCUCCAUAAAAUCAAAUCUGGCUUCAACCUUCUGGGGGAGCUCAACGGCAAGAUCAAUAACCCCGGUGCUCCAGACUUUGUCCACUCUUUGUUCUCAGCACUAAAAUUUGUAUGCUCUCACUGCUCAGAAGUCCUGCCUCCGUCCAUCGUAGCCCCACUGCUCACUCCCCAGUGUAUCCGUCUCCUGAGUGAAGAGGCCUCCUCCGAGGAGGACAACCUGUGGCAGUCUCUGGGAGACGCCUGGAACAUCCCCAGUACCAAAUGGCCAGAGGAGGAUGAGGAUAUCCCGACAUACACGCUGACGUUCUUUGAUGGUUGGCAGCCCCCUGAAGUGACCGCAGAGCCUCCACCGAGUGAACCGCAGAGCCGCAGGGAGAGUCCUCGGCCUUCGCCAGGCCCUCCUCGGCCUUCAGCGGGCCUGCAGCCGACGUAUUCAGCGGGACAAAAGACACAGGAGCCGAGUUAUGCCAAGUGGAAGCGACCAGAGGAACGACAAAAGCCACGCCCUGUCGAGGUAAAACUACGCGACAUGCACGUCAAGUACGACUUCGUGUCCAGAAACCAAAGAGAGCUCACCGUCACGAAAGGAGAAAUAGUUGAGCUCCUGGACCGGUCCAAGCAGUGGUGGAAAGUGAGGAACAGCAGAGGGGAGGAAGGUUACGUACCAAACAACGUCCUGGCAGAUGUUGACAGUCAGUCUUAUGAGGAAACUGAAGCAUCUCCUGUCCUGACGAGGAGAUCUACACCAGCGGAGGUGAAAGCCUGGCUCAAAGACAUGGAGUUCAACCAGAUCACGGUGCGCUGCCUGGGCGUCCUGAGCGGCCCCAUGCUGCUGGGGAUGAGCAGAGAAGAGCUGAAGUCGGUGUGUCCAGAGGAAGGAGGACGAGUCUUCUUACAGUUACAGGCGGUCAAAUCCACCUUGUAGGAUGCAGGAAUCAGCACAGGACAUCGCAGCAGGCAAAGAAGAGGAAAACUUCCUUGAUGCUUUAAGAUGUGUAAUAAGCAAUAAGUAGAAUAAUAAAAGUUUGCAUAGACAUGUGAACAUCCUGCAGUCACUUUCUGAAAUCAGCAGAUUCCUCAUAUUGUAUUAAAUGCUAAAACUGUCAAAUAUAUAAUAAAACUAUUUUAAGUCAGAAUGUAAUCCCUGUUAGGGUCCUAUAUGGAAAGCAAUAUGAAGUUGUGUAACUUAAUGAUAAGCUAAUCCUGCAGCAAACUCAGUGAUUACUGUAGUGCACCUUGUUUUGUUUGUGAUCGUUGUGUAACUUGUAAAUUAAAGUAAAAUUCUGGCACACGUGUGUUGAAUUACAACAUGCUUUAUUAUUUAUUGUUUGUUGAGUCAUUACAUAUGAACCUCAUCAGCCUAAGAUGGUGGCAGUCUGUCUCAAGCAGUGAGAAGGCUACAGAUGGACAGGAGUCAAAUUAGUCUGAAUUUAUAACAAAAU